GUUAGGGCGCGCUCAAAGCCACGAGGGGUCUGUUUAGUUUAGUUCUGUUGUGUUCGCUCUUUCGGUGCUCUGCCUGUCUUCUCUCCUGUCGUCUGUCCUCUCGUUCUUCCGUUCGAUGUCGAUGAUGUCUUCGCGACGGUGGUGGUGCGAGCAGUGCGCGAGUGCGCCCCUCUAGGGAUGGACGGUGAUGACGCGAAGAGGGCUCGCCGUCGCCGUCGCCGACUAGUCACGCGAUAGCGCCAUGCCGCGCUGUCUCAUGGCCAAGAAGUGGAAAGCGUAUCCGUGGCCGGAGCGCCCCGAGCAGGACGACGACCACCAGGACCCCGAGGACGAGGAGAUCGACGUCGUCGGCGAUGCGCCCGCCUGCUGGGGGCCCUCCAGUCCUACGGCCGGCGCCACGGCGCCCAGUCCGCCGCCGACGUCUCCGAACGGAACCACGCUCAUCUACAACGGCUACCUUCACGAAUUCUCUCCUUCCACCUAUCCCCCAACCACCUUCAUCCCCCGUAACGACCAACCUCCAAGCGGCCAAACGCAACCAUCUUACGCAACCUUACGAACGGUGGUGGAAACCCAAGACCUUCGUCCCGACUACAGCACUCCCACUCCUCCCCGUUCCCGCAAAUCUCUCGCCAUGACCUUCACCAGCACGGGAACAGCCCUCUCCCUCCCGCCCAAAAAGAAGGACAUCUACCGUCCUUACUCCCUCGACGACAAACCACCGCCGCCUCCACCCCCCACCAUCCGGGUACCCGCCGAGGAGGACCUCCACGCCGCCCACGCCAUCCUCGACCUCAGCGCCUCCACGACGGUGUUCCUGCCGCCGCCGCCGCCGCCACCACCUCCAGAACGUAACGAUGAAGACAACGUCCUCCACCCGGCACCGGUGAAGAGCGGCAAAACGAUAGCCUACACUUAUGAAGCUUUUUUCGUCAGUGAUGGGCGUUCCAAGAAACGGUUUACUCCAGACGAGACCUUGACGGCUAAGGCUCUUGUUAACGAAAAGCCCAAAUACACUUGCAGUGAGUGUGGGAAACAAUACGCAACUUCGAGUAACUUGUCACGUCACAAGCAAACUCACAGGAGUUUGGACUCCCAAUCGGCCAAGAAAUGUAUAACCUGUGGGAAGGCUUACGUCAGUAUGCCUGCCUUGGCUAUGCAUGUGCUUACGCACAAAUUGGCUCAUAGAUGUAGCGUCUGUGGUAAGCAAUUCUCGCGACCUUGGUUGCUCCAAGGUCACUUAAGGUCACACACGGGGGAGAAGCCCUACGGGUGUGCCCACUGUGGCAAGGCGUUUGCCGACAGGUCGAACCUAAGGGCCCACAUGCAGACGCACUCAGCUGAUAAAAAUUUCGAGUGCCCCAGGUGUCACAAAACAUUCGCGCUGAAGUCGUACCUUAACAAACACCUGGAGUCGGCGUGUCUUAAGGAGGAGGCGGGGCCUAGCAGCUGCGCGGAGGAGGUGGCCAGGGAGGUGCCUGUGCCCAUACGCGUCUAUGCGGCCUAGUCGCAUUUUUUCCGUCUUUCCUGGCAAGUACCGAAGGGAUCGAUAUUAGACGAUCCCUCCUGUACUUUUUCCCAAGUUAGUGUAGUUUGUAAUCGCGGCACGUAGUGGCAGUGUUCCGUCACGCCGCCUAGAUUAGCCGUGAUUUAUUCUUCGCGAACUGACGCCCCCUUGUAAAUAUCCCUCCCAAAGAGAUAACACAUCGCAACACGUCCAAUAAGUUAGGGUUAGAUGUAAGAUGGUCUCUACCUUUAGAACACCAUGGACGCGGAACGCGUCCACCGAACAGAUGUUAUCGGCACCCUUUAGUUAAUUAAAUCGCGACAUUCCAAACGUUCUUCACGAACAAAAGCAAAGUUUCACAAACAACGAAGUUAUGCAAAUACUAGUAUUAUACAUAUUUAGAUUAAGAGUGGAAUUAAGUGAGAUUUAAAUAUUAUAAUGAGCGGCCGGAGCCGCAUCUAGUCGCAGCCUCUAGUCCCGGACCUGGUUAAUCCAUUCUAGUCCCAGUUAUAGUCAAUUAUCGUUUCGGUUCGGUUUGUUGUUCAGAUCUAUAUGAUAUUAUAUACCGCGCGGAGUCUAAAGCACGACUUAGCCAACGACUUUUAUUCCAAUUGUACUAUAUAUACAUAGCGAACAAGAGAAAAUUAUUAAAAAAAAUAAUUGAGAUCAACGAAGCAUAGUUUUGGCAGUAUUUUUGCAAGCAUAUAUUAUACAUGAUAACUAUAUAUUUAUUAAUACGGUAAUGACCUUGUCAAUACCGACGUCUAGGUAAACGAAGGAGUAGCACCUAUAACCUGUUGUCCCUGAUUGUUACGAGUGGGCCAGUGCAAUGAAAAACAACCAAAAUGCAAACAAGACAAAAACCAACAAAAUCUACACUAGUCAAUUACAGUCAAUUAUAAUCUUAGAUGUUCUUCUAAUUUUAAUUCAAAAUUCUAUAAAAAAUGUUAAGACUUUAACCAAAUUUUUUAUUAAUAAUAAUAUACAAAGCGUGUCAGAACUAAGCAACGUAUCCGGCUCGAAGAACCAUAUUUUGUUGCUCAAAUUACAAUUUAAUAAUGAUAUUAAAAAAAUAAAGUUGGUAUUGUGUAAUUCAUUUUGUCAGAAAUUAUUAUGACAAAUGGGCAAAGUUUUACAGUAAAACUUCUCAACAACGGACACCGAUAUGGAAUCUUCAACUGUUGAGAGGUGUCCACAAACGGGAGGUAGAAAUUUUAAUAUAGAUUAGGUUACGUUCUUAUAAAAAUGUCCGUUGUGAAGAGGUGUCCGUUAUUCGGAGAUGUCGAUUAAAGAAGGUUUUACUGUAACAUUUUUGCACAUUUUUAUUAAUUUUUUUCUAAAUACUGGGCACUUAAUUUUACAUAUAAUUAUUAAGGAUAACUUCCUAGAAUUGCUUUUUGUUAUUUAUUAUACAAGACGGUAAAGACACUGUUUGCCUACGAGUGAAAGUUUAAAUUUGUUAAGGAAAAUUUACCAAAAUUACUUUUAGUUAUUUAUUAUGCAAGACGGUAAAGAAAUUGUUUAACUAUGAGUGAAAAAGUUAAAUUUAGCAGUGACGAAGUCGUGAGUGAACUUAUUUACGAGUCGGUAACAAUCUUUAUCGUCGUGUAUAAUACAUUUUUUUCUAUAGCAGAAGUUGAUAAAAAAAUAGUUUGACAUUUACUAUAGAAAAACUACUGUAUUCAAAAAAUAAAAAGCUAAUUUUUUCAUAUGAUAAACUAAGGGUAGGUUUAUAGAAGCGUCAUUAAGUUAAUCUGCAAUUAAAUACGUGAUUAACUGACUACUUGACCAAAUUGCACAAAUUUGAUUGCUUCAUUCGCGGUAACUUUUAACAACGAGUUAAGUUUAACAAAGCUUUCUAUAAACCGGUCUUAAGACACGAUUUAAAUUUGACUGAAUUUAUUAUAAGCAUUUACAAAAACAACUAUAUUUUUUUAGUGUAAGUAAAUUAAGAUAAUUUAGCAAAUAUUUUAUUACUUUAUUACUUUUAUUUUGGAAAAAAAUAAUAAUGUGUGCAGCUAUUUGGUAUGUGUGUAUAACAUCUAAAUAUCGUGCCUUUAAUUUAAUUUUUAUCAAAUCAGCAAUACAGAACAAUACAACGAAAAAAUUGAAAAACAACAAAAUUGAAAUCAAAAAGUAUGCAUUUUUGGACGUUGCUAAUAUAACACACAAAUUUUCGUUGGAUUAAUAUAAAUAUUAGUUAGCAAUAUCUCAAAAACUAGAGCUGAUAAAAAAAAUCUGUUGGCAAUUUUAAAAUCAGCAUCCGACAAUUACUUAACAACAGCAAAAAAAUUGAGGCAACAGAUAUACGUAUAUACUGUAAACUAGUGUGAUAAUAUUACAAGUUACAGCUGCUAAGACAUCGACUGUUUACAAGUAGUUACAUUUUGACAAAAAUAGUUUUUUUGAAGAACAUAAGAGGACAAGAAAAGUUUAAACUAAAGGAAUUUAAUUAAAUUGGAGGUUUUUUUUUUGAUUAAAAUUUGAAUGUUACUCGAAAUCAGUGAUAGGAGUACAGCAUUUUAUGCAGUUUUUCUCUAAAACUCCUACUAAAUCCAUUGAAUAGUAUAUCACGUCUAUUAAAAUUUUACAAGAAAUAUUGAAAACAACAACAAAUUUAACGGCAAUAAAAAAGCAAGUAAAUAAAACUCAAAAAAAAAUGAAAUAUUGUCAAAAUUUUAGAAAUUCUAGUCAUUUGACUUAGGAAGAAUCUGACUCGCUCUGUAUUAAUAAUUAAUAAUAUGAAUACCUAAAAAAUUAAGGGCCUGUUUAUUGAAAGCAAAAUUAAAAAUUUAAGUCUCUAUUAAAAAUUAAUUGACGGUUAUUGGUUCACUUGGUCACGUGAUUGGUUAACCUUACGAUGGAUUCCAGUUAACUUAACGAUGCUUCUUUAAACCGGUCUAAUGUACAUUUUAUUAUUGAGAAAAUAAUGAAAAACACAGUUUUGCUUUUAAGUACUAACACAAUUUAAUUUUAUAAAAAAAACAAAUACAAAAGUGUAAAAAAAUGUAUGAACAACAUAAAGCAAAAUUAAAAAAUAAUUAUUGUUUCAUGCAUCUAUCUUAUGUUUUUGAAAAAAAGGCAUAAAAAAUGCAUAAAAUUAAAAUUAGCAACACAAAAAAUAUCCAAAAUUGGCAGUGAAAAUUUGAAUUUAAUGGAAGAUUCGGUUUCUAGUCAUAAAAUAUUGGAACAGUUCUAUGUUUAAAUUUUUUUGUCUUGUUUGUGUGUGGUUUAGAAUGGCCCUUGCGCUGCGCCAGGCGAGUGUGCAUCUAGUCAUUAGCCAGAUAGUAGUGUGGGGCCGCAUCCGGCGCCACUGGCGACCUCGGCCACCUUUGGUGUCGAUGGUGCCUUAAAGCCAUUUCGAGGGGCCGUCGCCCAACAACGAAGAGCAACAUAAAAAUUUUAAUAAAUUAACCCGAGAAACCCAAUUCGUCCACUCCGAGCGUCCGCCAGUGGCGCACCAGCCAGUAGCGUAGAGAGCACCGUAGCGUGUGAAAGCAUAGGCAUAAAAAUAGGGGUUAUAAUUUGACAUAUAUUCAUAUAGUUUAUAAAAAUAUUCGCUGGCAAUAAGUUCGGGGGGGAGACGCGAGCCGCGACACCCUUGAAACACUUUCGAAGCAAUAAAUUUUGGGUGAGGUGGGGCGAGAGGGCAGCGGGGCUCAGUAUCAGCCCCCGGAAGCCGGGUAUUCAAAAGCAAUAAGCACAGUAGUCGGGUCAAAGGCGGCCUGGAACCAUAGCAAUAUAGAGAUAACGAAUACUUAAGUAAUAUAGACUUAAGAACUAGACAUCGAAUGAGCCAACGGCAGCGGUGCCACUCGUCACGUGGUCAAGUCCAAGCGAUUUGAUUGGGGCGGGCGGCGCCGCUGCCGUCUAGAUUAGCUGCCUGCCUAUCUAUAUAUAAAUAUAUAGCAAUAUAGUGUCAGCAAUAGUUUACAAUUAUACUAUUAACGAAUAUAAUCAAAGCAAUACCAUAUACUGUAUUAUUUAUUUAGUAUUAUAGAGUUUAGACGAACCUAUACUAAAAAUAGCCCUCUAGCGUGGUAGUGUCACGCCCGAGUAGCAGCAAUGCCAAAGAUGUGGACAUGUUGAUGACGUUUUCGUGCAUAUUUUCUAGAAUGUUUCGUGUUCUGCUCAGAUUAUUGCAGAGGUUUAGGCACUUUGGCUAAGCGCAGAGCUUGCAGAACCUGUACACUUGCAGUCCAGUACUUGACCACUUCAUUAUUAUUAUUAUAUUUCAUUAUAUGAUUAUUAUUAUUACUGUAACACUACAUAGUAAGUUUUGUAUUAUAUUUUCAUAAUAAAUAGACUAGAAAAUUUA